GCAUGCGCACACACUUCCAAAGCUCACUGGCACUCCAGUUCUCCAGUGAACUAAAGCUGUUUUCUUCGCUGGGAAGUGGAAUCGGAACUUCAGUUUAUGAGCCACGAACUCACGGAGAAACAAUCAAACUAUUGUAAUUCCAGCACGACAGCUCCACUCUUUAUAUCCUACACCAUCUGCGGAUAAAUCAAGACCGUAACAGAACAUUAACGCUUGAUAAAGACGAGGCUUACUGACAGGAUGACAGAAGUGAUAAACACCUGUGAUUCGACGGUGGGAGACUUCAGCAUCGGAGGCACCUCAGGAGAAGGGGGUAUAUCCUUCCAGAUCUUUCCGGACUCCCACGAACGGUUCCCCAAGCUGUCCAAACGGCUUCCCUCCAUCGUGGUGGAGCCCACUGAGAGCGGGGAAGUGGAGAGUGGCGAGCUCCGUUGGCCCCCCGAUGACCUUAGUUACCCUGAUGAAGACCCCGGAGAGGCCCAGGCAGCAGGCGAGGAUAACCCAGCAGCGGUACAGCAAUGAUGGGAGGAGUUUAAAACGGACUCUCACAGUUCUGGCACCAUUCCAGCCACACACUGAGUGUCUCCAUGAUGGACAGAAGCAAGGAGGAGGGUGUUCAGGCUAAGCCCAUAAUCAACUAGAAGCGCCAACCUGUUGGUAGACCUCCACACCACUUGGUGGGGCUGAGCCCUGUCUUAAAUUGCUCAUAGGUGCCAAACACCAGUGAGUAGCUUGUUACUGUAGAUUCAUUUGUUGCUUGUUUUACUUUUUUAGGGUUCACAAACAACAUGUUUAUGUACACCCCAUUCAGAGUUUGUUUAUCUUUAGAUACAGUAUACAAAAUAAAGAUAUGAAGAUAUGA